GCCACCUCUUCUUCUCUACCUUCACCUCCUCUUCUUGAACUUGGACAAAGUGCUUCACCUUCUCAGUCCCAAAGAGACACAAAUUUGCACUUGCCGAAAAAGAAGAGGAAACUCCUGCCUUACGUUCUUGUUCCAAAGGUUUCACACCGUGUAUCUGUGAGCAACCGGAACCAGGAUCGGAAGCAACAAAGAAAGCCAGGACCAAGGCCAAGGCCAAAAUUCAAUCAAAAACAAAGAGCAGCAUCGUCUUCCGUCGUUGUCGUUGGUUCGAAACGUGCUGGCCCUCCAGGACAGAAGGCAAUUGCAAUCUCGGAUUCCAAUAAUAAUGUGGUUGCAGCAGCUCUCUUAAAGCAGUUCACCCAUAACAAGCACAAGCAACACAAGUCUGAGUCGUUGAGCACAGCCUCUGAUGAUCGGACCACGAUUCGGGCGUCUACGUCUACUUCUGAGUCUGUUUUGGCAUGGGCGUCUAAUCGUACUAGUACCGGAAUUGGUAGAAGUAUUGGUGGGAGAAGUGGGGGUAGACCUACCUUGGGCGAAGGCGGCGAGCGGAAGAGGAGCGGUCUGGUGCGAACUGGCAGGACUGGACUGGAUGCCAAUACUGGUACGCUUUUCUUAGAGCCGAUUACGGACGAUAUUACUGGUACGGACAAAUAUCGCCAUGGGAAGAAACGGAUGCGCGACGACAACGACGACGGAGACGUCGGAGAGACCAACUCGGCCCCGCAGCAUACUUCUGCUACGUUUGAUAUUGAUGACGGUAUCGGUAUCGGUAUUAGGAAUGGCGAUCCCCAGAGGAGAUCUUCCGUCUCUCUCGAAUUGGACCGGCAUAUUGCUGCGAACACUGCGGCAGAGCAAUACUUGGUUGAAGACUCUCUUUCAGAGGACGAAGGACGGUUAUCCUCUCCUUCGAAUUCACAUUCCGAAUCAACCCCCGAGGGAGCAUGGACGUGGACCAGUCCAACCCGUCAUGCAUACAUCCUCCCUCCUUCUUCCGUAGAUCAAGAUCAAAACAAAUCUCCUUCCCGCCAACGAGAACGUGCGAGCCUUCUACAUUCACUCAACAACUCGGGCUCGAACGCCAAUCUAGAAUUUUGGAAGGAGAGAAACGCAUACGUCCCUCCAGAGGGUUGGCGCGAACUGACCCGUGUCCCAGGACGCAGUCCAUAUGUCACACGUUCAGAGACGCCUGCGCAAAGAUACACGGAGAUCCUUGAGCAGUGCUACGGGCCGGGGGACAUAAGAAGGGGACAUGGGCGCAAGCCUCAUAAAGUACGUAUCAAUUUUCUGUUCUUUUCUGUUCUUCUUUUAUUCAUUUAGGGCAUGCUGAUUUCAUUUCGGUGAAUCUUUUGUAUUUGUAUAGGUGAAAGAAGUUGCUAGGCCUAGACUUGAAACAGAGGCGUCGACGCCCUCUACGUCUACGUCUAGCGAAGGAGAUGAAGAUGAAGAUGAAGAUGAAGAUGAAGAUGAAGAUGAAGAUGAAGCAAGAGGGAGCGUGGAGGCGGGGACGGGGAGAAAGGGUGACAGUGUUAUUGGUAAUAAUACACGAGCGGAACAAGAACCGGGACCACUGGUCUCGCCGUCUUCGGAUGCACCAAUGGACGAUCCUCUCGUCUUCGUUCCAGAUAUUCCGGCCGGUGAGCUAUCUCUCUCGGCGAAUGACCCGGGCUCGGCCAGUGCGCCGAUCGUCGUCGACUUAGACGAUACCAACAAAUCCGUUAGCGACGCAUCGAGGGAAGAACUUGCGCAUCAGCGUUAUGCUAUGAAAGUACACGUUCCUGAACGCGAACGCGAACUUGAUCUCGAAAACAACCUCGCCUCCGCGCCUACACCGAAUGGAAUCGUCGAUCCGCGCACCUUGACACGUUCUGUGCCUUCCACUGCCACUGCCGACGAGGAUUUGAUGAAUGCCAGUCGCGCUCCCAGCAUCAAUAGCGCAACCAUCACCGCCACUAAGACCGCGCCGUCGGCAUCAGUAUUUUUGCGGGAGAGUGACACGUCAGAAGCGAAUUAUUCGGUGCUUGCUCCCCCAGAAUUGGUACAAGGAACGAAAGGGCUAGCAAAUAAUAGGCCUCCUGCUGAUGAAACAUCUUCCACGACAUCGAGGAUCUUCGUGGAAAGAGAAGACAUACCACGUAGCAACAGUGCUAACGAUGUUAACGAUAACUCGGUUCCACGCUCGGGUUCCCGACGAGAGGAUUCGGCGGGUGCGAACAUGGACGAAGGUCAGGGUGUGAACGCGAAUUCGGCGCCGAGCACAGACACGGACGUACAUAUUCACACUGGCGCGGGAAGUCCACCGAGUCCAACUGCUGGUCCAAUUGAAGAGUCUACGGGAAUGCCGAAGUCAAAUGGAAUGCCGGAGGGAAAACCACCGGUACACCAAAUCCGAUGGUUCAAUACCGAAGAAUGGAAGGGUACAUUCCGGCGACUUGUCUCGGGGAAGCAAAAGACGGUGACGAUUGACGAUUUGAUGAAUGUUGAUCGGACGCUUGCUGCUUUGGAGGAGAUGGUUAGUGCGUUAGCGUCGACCGGGGACGACAAGGACAGCGUGAAAGCUCUCGUUGAGAUUGUGAAAGAAUACCUGGUGAUGAUGAAGGACCUUCCGGACGGGUUCAUACCUUUUGACGACCAAUUCGGACUUCGUAGGCGUUCCGCAUAUUUAUUGCAGGUGGCGUACGGUCAAAAGUGAAGCUUAUACACGGUGAUUAUUGCCCUUGAAGGACAUAUGCGCGAAGUAGAGUUUCGUACUAUUGUA